CUUUCUUUGUGGCACCCACGAUCCACCCGUUUCUGCUUUCCAUUUUACAGUUUUCUUUAAGGCGUUCUUCUGUAGACUUGAAGGAGUUUUUGUUGAAGAUGAAUCAUUGUAAUCUUCAGCAGAACGCCGUUGUGGCCUGUGAGGAGCUGAGAAGCUUGCUCUCAGUCUCUGAUCCGAAAGGCCCGCUUAUUUGCCCCAAACCUCGGCGAGUUGGGAUGCUGGCUAAUAACUCAAACAAAUCAUUUAGAUGCUAUGUCAGUCAUCAAGCUGAGGUUUAUGAUUCAAAAGCUGGGGCAGAGCUUCUAGACAUCAUUCUUAGGAAGGAGGAUUUUGUAACAGAACAACCUGUCACCCCAGUAAGCUCAUCCCCCCCAUUUUUUUGUGGGUCUCCUCCAAGCAGGGCUGCUAACCCAAUUGUACAUGAUGCUUGCUUUGGAGAUGAAAGACUCACUCCCAUUUCAACAUUGCAAAUUCCAUCACCCUCAGGUUUAUCAUCUCCAUCAUCAUGCAAAGGAGGCUGUGUUAGAAUGAAGUUUGGCCUCAAACCAGCUGCAGUUAGAGUAGAAGGUUUUGAUUGCCUCAACAGGGAUCGCCAGAAUUCAAGCAUCCCUGCCAUGGCAUAGAACUCAAUAAAACAAAGUGUACAUAAAAUGGAGCUAAAUGUCACCACAGUCCAGAGACAGAGCAGAGUUAACAAGGGAAUUUUGGAUAUUUUUGGAUGAGCGUUGAGGUAUCUCUGAGUAGUGUAUAUAAAGAUGUCAUUUUGUCGGUGAUCUAUUUAAUCACUAAUAGGGCUGUAAGUAGUUUGAUCAAGCAAGAGAUAAAAGGCAAACCCUGUGUUGUGAAGAAGUGUUGAAUUUGUUGGGGAGCAGUGCUCUUUUUGUAAUAUAAGAAAUGUGUUAGUUCUGGGACAGUUUUUUCAAUUUGUUCUUUGCUGGAUCACCAUGGCAAAUGCCUGUAUAGAUAGAGCAUAUUGGUGAUAUUUUGGUCAUUCACUCUGUAAAUGUAUUUGGAAAUUGUCAAAGACCUGGAUCUUAUAAAAAUGUCAUUUUCUU